GUUGUGAAGAUAUUUUUAUAGAGAGUUUAAACCAGGAGAACCUUAGCCAGAUUUUACAGUGGAGUGAACAACCUCAUGGCUCCCAGUGGGUUCAUCGUCAAGCUAUGAAUUAUUUGCGUGAAGAAUUCUCAGCAUUAGUAGCAUCGGGCACAUUUGUUCAUUUAGAAAAACAUCACUUCAAACAAGCUAUCACUUCUGAUUUCCUACAGGCAAGUGAACUGGAAAUCCUACAGGCUGUACUUCGAUGGGGUGAAGUUCAAUUAUCCAAACAGAGUGGAGACAGAGAACCAUCAGUAACACCACAAUCAGUGUACAUGGUUGGUCGAAGAGGACCCAGACGAAGGGACUUGUGUGUUGCUGAGCUGAGGGAUAUAAUCUCUGAUCUGAUAUGUUUUGUAAGAGUUGAUCAUAUUGUACCACCAGAUAGUGAACUGUUAACCAAUGCUGUGAAACGAGGUUUAUUUAGAUCCCCUCCAUCAUGUAUGCUUGAUGAUGAUCACUUACAGGGCAGUGGUGUCUAUCAUAAAAUAGCAUCUUGGAUUCAUGGAAGAAAGGGUAGUCCACUGAGCAUUCCGAGGCUGUUUUUGCCAUAUGUGGAAGAGGCACGGGCAUGGCUUGAUGAGCAUUCAGCCCGUGAUUUGGAAUCAUGGACUCCAUCUCACAGCUCUGAAGGUCAGUCUACUGGGGAUAAAGCCUCUCUGUACCAGAGCAGAAGUUCUGCUUUCAACACAAGAGAUUCGGCAGAAGGUAUUGAGUUUUUGGAUGGAAACAUUCCAGUUCCCAGUGAUGCCACUCUGAGAUUAAUGAGGAAGCGGGAACAAGAAUUAAGACAUUCCCAAAGUUCUCGGCAAGCAAUAUCAUUUAAGCAGAUUCGUUGUGAAGCCACCAGAUUAAUCCAGCUUCAAGUUGUUCGUGAAUUUGGCCUUCCUGAUUCAGUUGUGGAGGUUCUGCACCGACCUGUUUAUUUGUUUGUAGAGGAGCUGAAUGAUGGUGAUAGACUUGCAACAUGUCCAGUGCACCAGGAUCGUAUCCGUCAUGAUGGCAAUGCUAGUCCACACGUUAGUGGCUACAACUCCCGGGAGACUCAGUGGAGUUAUCAGGCUACGGGUAGAGACAUGACAAGUCAUCUCCAUCGUACCAUUCCAGAUAUUGCUAUGGCAACAACAGCAAUGGGCAAGAUGCACAUAACAGAAAACAGUCCUGAUGUACAGUCUUGAGGGUAGAUUUCUGUUUAAGUGUGAAAUGUCUGUUCUUUGGUUGAAAAUUCUCCACAGCUAAAUGUAGUUUUUUUUAUAUUCUGUAUAGUCUUAAAUGUGCAGAGAGAUAUAGUUUGUAAAGCUAGGUGUUUGUUACAGCUGAACUAAUUUUAUACAUUUUCAUGAUCUGUAAAACUAAAAGAACUUGGCUGUAAGUUGUUUUUUGUCAAAAUAUGUUUUGUGAAAUUUAAUUGAGAUUUUGCAAAUACACAACUGAAAUGUAUGGAGUAGAAGAUGAUUUGGCACACUGCUGAUUUGAAUUUAACUAAUCUCUUUAUAUCAUCAGACUGGCAUCAGGUUAAUGGCUCCUUAUGACACAAACAUCUUGUAAGAGGUUUUGCUAACUCCUUUUAUUUCCACUUCUCAUGGAUAAAUUAGAAAUGUUAUUUAAUUAAUGGAUAAACAGCUGACUUCUUUGUUGGCCAGUUUCCAUGAGGUGUGAAGAUCUCCAUUUUUUCCUCUUUUACUUCAUUCAUGAUGUGCAAGUUGGAAUAAUUAAGUGGACCAAUUUUCACUAGAUUUUAGAUUUCUCAUGCUUGAUCAUUACUUAAAAAUAACUUACUUCACCUAAAGUUAGUUGAAUCUUUUAGGUCUUUCACCUAGAAAACAUUGUAAUUUUUUUUUAUAUUGACAGCUUGUACUUACAAAUGUGUUAUUGUUAAGUCAUGUAUGGACUUGAUAUAGAAAUGCUAAAGUUCAGCAUUUCACUGUUUCUCAUACUAUAUUGCAUCUAUCAUUAUUGAAUACAUGUAACAUCUCUUUAAUAACUUCUCAAAACCAAGUCGUGCCACAUAACUACGUAUAUUUUUUCAGCUGGUGGAAGCCUGUUGAUAACUUCCUUACAAUGUAGUUAGUUUUGUAUUUCAUUAGUCUGUCAUCAGAACUAAGGAAAAGCCCAGUUAAUGCUCAACAAAUGGUCAUUUUGCAGGACAUUAUAGAUGAAAGUCGAGAAUUUGGUGAUUUUUAUACUAUACUUUGUAAUUUAUUGAAAGCUUUAUGGAUAUGUAAUGUCAGUAAAUUGUGUGUGCAUAUGCUGACAUAUGAAACUAUCCUAAUAUAGGUAGUAUAUCCAUGAGUUAAAAAAAAUUAAAACAUGCUUUUAGUUGAAGUAAAAAGCUGAGGAGAUUCUUAUAGAUUUCAAUGUUUUGCUUUAAGCUAUUGAAAAUCAUAUUGUAAGAAUUAUUAAAAAGUGGUUAGUUAGUAUAAAUGUUGUAUGGUUAUUACAUAAAAUAUGUUUUCUAACUGUUAAAUUUUAAAAGUACUUGUACAUUUUGUAGUUAGGUUUUCACUUAAUUAUAUUGUAUAUAUGCCUUUGAAAAGAAGAUAAAACCUUGCAAUUGACCCUUUUACUAUAGGUGGGUGGAUUUCACCCAGCCCGUAUCCCCCAAAGUAACUAUAAACCAGUUAUACUGUAACUUUUUAAUAUGUACGCAUAUGUUCAUAAAAUUUUGCAGAUUAUCAGUAAACAAUAUGAGGUUUUCAUACACAAAAUAUAAGAUUUUUAAAUUAAUGAUUUUCUCAAGCAUUUUUUCUUUUUGAAUGGUAACUAUCUAACAUGCAAUGUAAUUUAGACUUACAGAUUAAAAAUACUUUUAUAUAUCAAAACAUUGUCAAAUUUCACAUGUGAGAUCUUUAUAAC